GUUCAGCAAUAUAAAUUCACGCAUUCCAUAUUUUUUUUUUUGGCAAAGCAAUUCAUCGGUUUCCGCUCUGAAAUUUGGAUAACUUUCUUCCUCGUUAAAUUCCGGUCAAAAUGGGGAUCCGAAUGAAUGCUGUUACAGUUACUCUGUUCAUUUCGUUGUUGCUGCUUCCUCUGGCGUUUUCCUCUUCAAAUGAUGGACUUGUUAGAAUUGGAUUGAAAAAAAUUAAGUUUGAUCAAAACAACCGCCUUGCUUCACGGCUUGAAUCUAAGGAUGGGGAGACUUUGAGGUCUUCAAUUAGGAAAUACCACUUUCGUGGUAAACUAGGGGACCCUGCUGACACCGACAUUGUUGCACUAAAGAACUAUAUGGAUGCUCAGUACUUUGGCGAGAUUGGUAUUGGGACACCCCCUCAGAAAUUUACUGUAAUCUUUGAUACUGGCAGCUCUAAUUUGUGGGUACCUUCAUCAAAAUGCUACUUCUCGGUUCCAUGUUUUUUCCAUUCCAAAUAUAAGUCCAGCCAAUCUAGCACUUACAAGAAGAAUGGGAAGUCUGCCGAGAUUCACUAUGGCACUGGAGCUAUAUCUGGAUUCUUUAGUCAGGAUAAUGUCAAAGUUGGUGACCUAGUUGUGAAGGAUCAGGAGUUUAUUGAAGCAACAAGGGAGCCUAGUGUUACUUUUCUAGUUGCCAAGUUUGAUGGUAUAAUGGGACUUGGAUUCCGUGAAAUAUCAGUUGGAAAUGCUGUUCCAGUGUGGUAUAACAUGGUUAAGCAAGGUCUUGUCAAGGAGCCGGUGUUUUCCUUCUGGCUAAACCGGAAGACAGAGGAAGAAGAAGGGGGUGAGAUUGUAUUUGGUGGGGUUGACCCAAAUCACUUCAAGGGAAAACACACUUAUGUUCCAGUGACACAGAAAGGUUAUUGGCAGUUUGAUAUGGGGGAUGUUCUAAUAGAGGGUAAACCAACAGGUUACUGCGGAGGUGGAUGUUCUGCAAUUGCAGACUCUGGAACUUCUCUGUUAGCUGGCCCAACGACUAUUAUCACGAUGAUAAAUCAUGCAAUUGGAGCUUCUGGUAUAGUUAGCCAAGAGUGCAAGGCUGUUGUGCAACAAUAUGGGCAGACAAUUGUGGACUUGCUUUUGGGAGAGGCUCAACCUAAGACGAUAUGCUCUCAGAUUGGAUUGUGCACUUUUGAUGGAACUCAGGGUGUUAGCAUGGGUAUUGAGAGUGUAGUGGAUGAGCGUGCUGGAAGAUCAUCUGGACUGCGUGAUGCUAUGUGCUCAGCUUGUGAAAUGGCAGUUGUUUGGAUGCAGAACCAGCUCAGUCAGAAUCAAACUCAAGAGCGAAUCUUGAACUAUGCCAACGAGCUUUGUGACCGGUUGCCUAGCCCCAUGGGAGAGUCAUCUGUUGAGUGUGGAAGCAUUUCUUCCAUGCCUAAAGUUUCCUUCACUAUUGGUGGCAAAGUUUUUGAUCUUGCUCCAGAAGAGUAUAUUCUCAAGGUGGGUGAAGGUGCCGCUGCACAGUGCAUUAGUGGUUUCACUGGUCUAGAUAUGCCUCCUCCUCGUGGACCUCUUUGGAUUCUGGGCGAUGUCUUCAUGGGUCGCUACCACACUGUUUUUGAUUAUGGCAAGAUGAGGGUUGGAUUUGCUGAAGCAGCUUAGAAUGUGAUCUACCAGCAUAGUCUUCCAUGGUCUUCUGGUUUGCUUGUUGCCUUUCUUAAAUAUAUCUAUCUGUAUGACUCGUUUUGAGUACACCAAGGAACAUGGUGUAUAAACUGGAAGUCGAAAGGCUUUAGACUUGGUGGAGAAUGCUUGUAUAUAUUUUGUGCUGUGUUCUUAUUGCACCUUCGUUGUGUUGUUAUCUU